AUGCCAGCAACAGGUAUUGGACAUCAUAUUAAUCCAUUAAAUAAUCCUUUUCCAAAUCGAUCAAAUCAAUCAACGCAUCAAACAGGAAGUACACCACAUUAUGGUGGUGGUGUUGAAAAAUGUGCUCGAUGUUCGAAAACUGUUUAUUUAGCAGAGAAAAAAGUUGGAGCUGGUCGAGCAUUUCAUUCAAGUUGCUUUAGUUGUGGUACAUGUAAACGAAAAUUAGAUGCAACAACAUUAUCUGAACAUAAAGGUGAAAUUUAUUGUAAAUCAUGUUAUAAAAAACAAUUUGGUCCCCAUGGUUUGAUUAGUGGUGUAGCAAUGUCUACUGAGAAAUCAACAACACAUGACUAUCAUUCUAUACGUCGUUCAUCUUAUGGUAAUGAUCUUGAUCCAACAAAUGUAUCAUUUCAACAAGCACGACAACGAGCUAAUUCAAGUGAACAUCUCUUUCAAGAUGACUAUCAUGCUACAAAACAAAAUGAUGAAUUUUCAAGAAAAUAUCCACAACGUAAUGAUGUUUUGGUUGAUACAAAAUAUCAAAGACCAAGUAGUCCAAUAAGAAGAGAAAAACCUUUUGAAUCGAAUACAAAUAAUGAUUCUCAUCGAUCAACUUAUAUUGGAGAGAAUGAUCGAAGUAAAUAUAUGUAUGAAGGUGAAAAAUUGUCUUAUGGUAGUGGAACAUCAAAAAUUGUUGAUAUACCUGUCAUUUCUAAUACUAAACGAUCGGAUUCAGUCAUUAAUAAAAUUGAAACACCAACAGAUCUAACAAGAGAUAAUCGACGAAGCCGAAGUCGAAGUCCAUCAGUAGCAUCGAACGAUUCUUAUCAACGACAAAGUAGUCGCGAUCAACGAAGUAGUUACGAACGACAAAGUAGUCGCGAGCGGCAAACUGAUUUUACAGAUGAUUAUUCUCAUUCAUACAUCAAUACUGACAAUUAUAAUAGAAAUAAUCGAAAACCUUCGAAUGAUUAUACAGUAAAUACUAUUGUUUCUGACAAUCCAGCUCCAACAGGAAAUUAUUAUCGUUCAUCAUCAUCAUCAUCAUAUGACAAUAAAUAUAGAAAUACUACAUCAACUUCCAAUUUCAAUGAUCGACGUUCACCAUCACCACUAAAUAGCGACCGACAAUCAUCGGUUUUAAGUGAUCUUGUAUCAAAAACAAAUAUUGCUGGAAAUGCAUCUCCAUCAACUGGUAAAAAAUUCUCAGCAAUAGAUUCUUUAAUUACUAGUGCUAGACAAAGAAAUACUCAAGAUGAUGACGAUGAUUUUGAUAACUAA